AUGGCCUUCAAUCUGACCCUCGGGUCUUUUUUCCGGCCCUGGGUGGUGAUGAUGGUGUUGGCUCUGCUGCCAUUCGGCUCGGCUCAGUUCUGUUCGUUUUUCAAUAGUGGCUGUGUCGAUCCCCUCGCCCAAACGGCCGUGCGGUUCGACUUCCAACCGCUCUUCCCCGACCCCAUCACCCUCCAUUUCGGCUUCGAUGCCAGCGCCUCCGGCAAGGGCGAGGGCCCCAUGACCAAGCUGGCGUUCUGGCUUCGCUAUCGCCAUCGACAGGUCGACAGCGACGCCGUCGAUGCCAACCUCACCUCCGAGGUCGCCCUGCGGGUCGGCAAUCUGACGGGCACGCCAUCGGGACUCAAUAAUGGCUGUGAUGGGAUCUGGGGCCCGACCUGCUCUUCUGAUUUCAAGAGCGCGUUGAGGCAUACCAUGUACAAGCAGGCCCUGUCGGACGAGGACUAUCCCAAGCCGCUGGCGGCGGCCUUGGAUAAGAUGCUGCGAUCGCCGCCCAAGAUCUCGUGUCCGUCGCUCAUGUUCGAUGUUGACUCCAUUCCGGUGCAAGAAUUCGCCCAAGAACGAAUCCCUGGCCAAAAUGUCACCGUCAUGAGCCCGGGCUCGGGAAACUUCCCUUGGCAGGUGUGGUACCUCGAUAAUAUGACCGCCAACAAACAGGCAGUCCAAGUGGCCGUCGGCAUCGUCAGCCGUGGCCCGACUUCAAAUAGUGACCGGCCACGCAGUGCAAACGAUAUCCAGGUGGAGCUCGUCUGUGUGCAAGCUCCGUCAGGCCGACCAUCCAAGGGCUCCCAUGAUUAG